GUCCGUAUGUUCGCGACCCUACAGGUUAAGCUGUCAGUAUACUCGCAUGAGCUCUCGGGUUCAUUAUAAUCGCAAGUGCUAUACACACUUAAACUUAAAAAACACUUUGUAAGAAACAAAACAAUACGUUUUUUUCCAGGAAUAGUUCAUUAGGACACUUCAUUUGGAGAGCGCGGUUACCUGCACGCGCACCUGUCAUCCUCGUCACCUGUGAUCUUCAGCUAUGGUUGAGGUGUUUUCGGGGCGAACUCUCGUGAAUAAAGAGGGAGACCUGGUCGAUCCGGAGGAAGCUCUCAGAAAUAAAGUAGUUGGUUUGUACUUCUCGGGCGGAUGGUGUCCACCCUGCAGAGAUUUUACACCACUGCUGUGUGAUUUCUUCACGGAGCUGGUGGAGGAGACAGAACCGCCUGCCCGGUUUGAAAUCGUGUUCAUAUCAUCGGAUAAAUCCGCGGAGGACAUGGUGGAGUAUUAUCAUGACAUGCACGGAGACUGGCUGGCCCUGCCAUGGUCAGAUCCUUAUAAACAUGAACUAAAGAAGAGAUACAACAUCACAGUUGUGCCGAAGCUGGUGAUUGUGAAGGAGAACGGUGAGGUUAUCACUGACAAAGGCAGAAAGCAGAUUCGGGAUCAAGGUCUGGCCUGUUUCCGGAGUUGGGUUGAGGUGGCAGAAAUCUUCCAGAAUUUUGAAGCUUAGGAAACAUGUGGACUGGUUUCAUGGAUCCCACAGAAUCCCUGAGGGCUUCUGAAGCUGUUAUGAGAUUUUAGCUUUAGAAAAGAGUCAGAACGUUUUAUGCAACAUUUUAUGCAAUUUUACAAAAGAGCUUUAACCUAUGUUUUACAAAGACAUCUUUUUAAAAAUCUUUUGCUACAUAAUUUUGAAUGUAAUUCAUUCAGCUGCUUUUAUAAGAAUAUCUAUUUUCCUUAAUGCUGUGAAUGUGUGCAUAUUCUCUACUGGUUAAAUAACGUCGAGUUUGUACUUGAAGAAGAACAGCAGAUGUUUACUGGUUGUGUUGUUAUGGUGCAUCCAAGUCAUUUCUAUUCCUCAGCGUCUCAUUAAAGUUCUC